UACUGUGCGGGUGGUGGUAGAGGGUGUUUUGCCAAUAAUUGAUCGAUCACAGUCCAGUGGCAGGCGGUUGAUACGCAGCAAAUCAUUAGCGAGUGACUAUUGUGGUGGUUCGAUUAAACCCUUUACAAAAAAAAGGUCGAAUUUCCUACAGGGACGAUAAAUGAAUGGAAUGCGAACAUUGAAAUCGAUUACGGGACGUUCCAUUUCAUUCCACUAGAGACCGUUUCUCAGCAUCAGCAUCACUCGGAUUGCAUUAGCAUAAGCAUAAACAACAGUGGGAUUGUUUAUUUUACGGUGCUUUCUCUAACCUCGAUCGUUUGUGCUUUGCUUUGCACUACUUUGUUGCAACAGAGGACAAUCUAGAACGCGUUUUGUCUUGAAUCACGCGCGUGUCUUUUCCUCAGUAAGCCGCGAACGCUUCAAUCAGUCAGCACAGUGCUCAGUGAUCACACAGAAUGUACGCUCUUCGCGUUUGAAUCACGCCUUCUUCGAUCUGUUUCAAUAGUUUAAUCGGCACCUUGCGAUUGGAUUCUACUUCGUGUAAGCACGACGGACAACUGAUGGCGCCUUGCUUCGAAGACACGUACACUGAGAAGCGCUUGAAGACGAGUUUGCAGCCUACUAGAUACGAGCGGUGUUUAGAUUACUGUUGGCAAACGGAAGUGGCAACUAAGCGCUGCUGCUUGUAAAUUACGCUCCGAAGAUGGAUAUCGAACGGUUGAAGUGCAAACGCUGUGGCAAGUUUCCGGAUGGCGAGGUGGUCCAAUGCACGGCAAAGGAGCACAUCGUGUGCGUGUCCUGCAUGGUAUCGGAGAAAACGUCCCUCUGUGUGUGUGGUGCAAAGCUGAGCGAGAAAAGGCAACGGAACCCAAUUGAGCAGCUACUGCAGCACGCCAAGACCAGCUGCCGGUAUGAGGGAAGUGGUUGCACCUGGCAGUUUACGGCCACCGAGAUGGACAGCCAUGUGCAGGAGUGUAAGUUUCGUCCCUACCGAUGCAUCACCUCAACGCUGAACGUACUGAAAUGCGACUGGAUUGGACUGCAGCACGAAAUCGAGAAACAUCUGCUCGAGGAGCACAAGGAGCUGGGACCGGUGUUCCGGUUCCGUGAAUCGUCCUCGCUCGUCUUCUGCGACAACAUCUCGAUCGGUGGACUGAAGCUGGUGGACGCGUUCAGCAAGCACUUUCUGUUUUACUUCUUCUCCGACGUUGAUCGUGGCACGAUCAGCUUUCUGAUGAUCUACUUUGGGCGUCACGAGGAAUCGGAUCAAUACUGCUAUGAGCUCGAGAUACGCUCUCUACCGAUCGCCCCACCGCCGGCUGCAGCGGCGGCGGAACAAUCGACCACACCGACGAAAGACGCACCAUCUGGUGCCGCAGCUGAGGAACGGCCGGCGCUGGUUAGAAGCAUCAAGUUUGUCGAACGAUGCUACUCGGACUCCGAGAAUCUAACCGAAGUGAUCGAAGAUGAACGGUGUAUCGCCUUGUCCCAUCAGCAGGUCCGCAACUAUCUCCACAAAGGGAAACUCUAUUUCACCUUUAAGGUUCGCAAAGUUUCCGACCCAGGCCGGGAGCGUAAUAACUCGGAAUCUGCUGCAGCCAUCGCAGAUACUCAAGGGGCAGCGGCGGGAGGUGCUACCGGUACAAAACCCAAACCCAAACCACCACCGUUUGUGUUUGCGAACAAGGGUAAAGCCGCUACGAACACGAAACGAUCCGGUGGUCCCGCAGUGGCCUCUUCAUCUUCGUCCUCUUCCUCGAAGAGUGGCAGUGGUGGCGGUGGCGGUGGCCUAUCGCGACAGAACUCGAGCAGCCCGAACGGUAAUACCUUACCAUCGCCGAGUCCUUCCGUAUCGCGUCCUCCAUCAUACGCCUCGACGGUUAAUGUUGGUUCGCAAGGACAACAACUGACCACCCCGAUACCAUCGUCAUCGAGAAACAGUGGCUGCAGUUCCUACUCCUCCAUCAACAAGGUGGUCGUGGUGGGAUUGCAUUCACCGUUUGAGAUACCGGAACAUUGUCCCCUGAUGACACCAUCGAUCAACAAGCACGAUGUGCCGCCGACUUGGAUGGCAAGCGAACGAACAAAGACUACGACCUCCACGUAUCAGAUCACACAGCUCCAUCGCUCGUACAGUCUCAAUCAGGAAGUUUACCACGAUCCGGCCGUCAAAGCCUGCACCCGGAACCUGGUAUCACGGGUGGCGGAAAACACCCCGAACCAUGUCAUCCAACCGUACAAGGUGAAAGAUGAUCGCUACUUGUUACGCUAUCCUACUAACUGUUUGUCCAAACCACAACAAAAGCGAUAACUCCAGCGACUGUACUCGAUAAUAAAAAUAAACUGUACUCUUUGUUCUUUCUACCUCGA